AUUCCCAUUCUUUUUCCUUUUUCAUAUUUUAUUUUUCCCCUUCCCAUUCUUUUUCCUUUUUCUUUUUUGAAAUACUUUUUCAAUUUUAUACCCAAAAAAUAUUUUAUUAUUUUUAUAAUACUCUGUAUUCUGAAUUAUUCGUUUUCUUCUUCUCUCUCUCUUCUCUCUCGAUUAAAACCCUAAUUUGCCCUGCGUUCGCUUUCCUCGAAGCUCCGAACAAAAUCUCUCCCUACGAUGGCGACGGAAGGUAAUCAGAAUCCGUACGAAGGUGGAACCGGAGGCAAGUUCCGGAAACGUCCUCUUCGCAAGACACAAACGACGCCGUACGAUCGUCCCCCAAUAGCUCUCAGAAACCCUAACAGAAACAACAACGGUUGGCUUUCGAAACUCGUUGAUCCCGCUCACAGACUCAUCACUCAUGGCGCUCACUCUUUCUUCUCAUCUCUUCUCCGCAAGCGUCUUCCCCCUCCCCCUCCCGUUCCCCCUACCAAUUCUUCAGAAAUGGAACAAGAAAUGAGGCAGGACAAUCAUCAAGAAGAAGCUGUUGCAGAAGAAUCUUCUGGCUUUCAACAAGGAGCAGGUGGUGAAAGUAAUGUUCAAAUUAAUUGUUCUGACUCGGAUCAAGGUGGAUUGACUGAACUUGAGAAACUGUUAAAGCAGAAGACUUUCUCCAGGUCUGAGAUUGAUCAUUUGACAGCACUUAUGCGAUCAAGGACUGUAGAUGCAUCUGUUAGGGAAGAAGAGAAGACGCCAGAAAUGGUUCCUUCAGAAUCAACAUUACCUUCUGGACAAAAGGAAGAAUAUCCCAAAACACCUAUUGCAGAAAAUCGGAUUGAAAACCAUCUUGUGUUAACUCAACAUGUUACUUCAAGUGUUCCUAUUGAGGACGUUGCUUCACCUGCAGAACUUGCAAAAGCUUACAUGGGGAGCAGGCUUUCCAAUGUAUCCUCGUCAAUGUUGGGCGUGCGAUAUCCUUCUCGUGGGGAAGACCCAACUCUUCUAAAAAUUGAAAAUACUCCAUAUAAAUCCCCUAUAACGUCGAUUGUGCCAAGGGCUACUAGACAAACUGCAGUUCAUGAAAAUGGUUUUGUGACCCCAAGACCUCGUGGCAGAUCUGCAAUAUACAAUAUGGCUCGUACACCGUAUUCCAGAGUAUAUCCAACCUCUACCCUCAAGGGAGGCGGGCAUGCUGUUCAAGUAGAGCCUUCAUCUUCAACUCAGUCUGCAAUGGAUCUUGACAUGCUUUCGGGAUCUACACGAGGGGGGAUAAAGCGUAGAAAUUUAGCAGUGGAUAAUAAUAUUGGAUCUGUUGGUCCUAUACGCCGAGUCCGUCAUAAGUCUAAUCUUCUAUAUUCUAAAGGCUCCAGCUCACCUCUUUCUGGCAGUGCUUUAUCUGUCUAUAGGAACGGAUCGGGUAUUGAUACUGCUCAGCAACCCUCAUCUUCCUUGCGUAAGUCUGUUCUGCUAGAUGAAGUUAAGUACAAGUCUGAAGAAAAUGUGAACGGAACUAAAGCUAGCACGAGCGUUCCUCCUUUUUCCUCAAAAUCCAGUGAGAUGGCUACAAAAAUAUUGCAGCAACUUGAUAAGUUAGUUUCUCCCAAAGAAAAAUCUUCUGAAUCAAGGCUACCAGUUGUGAGUGAUAGUUCAUCAAUGAAGUUGUCACCUUCAAUGCUACGCGGGCAGGCUCUUCGAAGCAUGGAAAUGGUAGAUGCGUCAAAAUCGCCUGACAGUUUACAAGGUAAUAAAUUGGGUGGUACAUUUAGAAAUUUGUCUCCUGGUGCCCAGAAUCCGAAGUCAAUUUCACUCAGAGAUGAGGAUGAAAAUGGUCCAUUGAAGCUUGUUGCUUCUUCCAAUGAAGUUGUUCCUACAGAUACCACAAAGUCAAGGAGUCAAAUCUUUUCUAGUGAAAAUUCUCUUAUGAAUAACUCAGUUUCUCACCCGCCAAAGAAGAGGUCAUUCCAUAUGAGUGCACAUGAGAAUUCUCUCGACUUGGAUGAUAACGCUUGUAAAGCCGUCUCUUUUUCUCCUGCGGAGAAAGAGACAAGAAGCUCCACUGCUAUGGCAAGUAAAAUGUCUUCUGGUUCUGAAGCCAUUGCACUUGUGAGUCCCUCAACAUCAUCUGUUAAGACAACUGAAGGGCCUAAGGUUGAUGAGAAGUUUGAGGCAUCGCCUAUCUCAGAUCCAAACUAUAAUAAUCCAGCUACAGUUGCAGUUGCAUCUACUACAACUACUUUAGAUUCUGACAAGCCUGCAUUAUCAAAUGGGUCAACUGCUAAUCCUUCUUUGUUUAAUUUUGCGAAUAAGGUUAUUUCGUCACAGGAGUUAACAACUUCUGUUGCUUCAUCAAAGGAGAUAACCAUCUCAGCUCCAGUAUUUGGUUUGGAGAAGGUUGUUCCGCCAAAGAAUGCUGGUGCUGCUGCUCCAUCAGUGAACUUAGACGCCAAUCAAAAUGUUUUCAAGGAUUCACCAAGCCCAUUUACCGCUUCAUCAGUUGGUGGUGAAUCUACCCUGAAAUUUGGUGCUUCUUUUGACUCUAAUCCGGGAGGCUCAAUCAGCUUCAAUACCGAUGCUGGUUCAACUGGUUCUAUGCAAAAAGUUUGUGAAACCGAUAGUGGCGAUGCAAAGACUAAUACAAAUACUGGAUUUUCUGCCAGGGCAUCAGAACUAGCUGUUUCAUCUGGAGUAUCAACAUCAUUGUUGACACCACCAAAUAGUAUAUUCAAAUUUGGCCAUAGUUCAAAUCAAAAUAAUGGGUCCCUUGCUUCAGCCCCUUCAUUCUCUUCCUUCACAUCUCUCAUAUCAAAUAACAUUAGUGACAGUUCAAAUCAAAAUAAUGGGUCCCUUGCCUCAGGCCCUUCAUUCUCUGCUUCCUUUUCAUCUCUCGUAUCAAAUAACUUUAGCAAUAGUAGCUCGUCCCUUACAGCAAGCGGUGACAUUAGUGCCGCUGCUACUACUGGAAUCAGCAUGACAACUCCUGCGCUUAUUGCAUCAAGUAAUAACUACUCUUCCUCCACACCAGUGAUGGCAACUUCAUCUUCAACAACUCCCCUUUUCAAAUUUGGUUCCUCUCCUGUCACAUCAGCAGGGUUGUCUGUAUCAUUUUCUGGCUCAAAACCACUGGAAACUAAGAGCAGUCAAGAUGCAGGAAUUGGUAAUUUUAGCAGCACUGCAUUUGGUAAUUCAUCUGCUGCACUUGUUGGAAGCACUGGGACUGCCAUUUUUGGGUUCAGCUCUCCAGCAAUGACAACUGGAACUAGCCAGUCACAGAGUUCUUUUGGUGCUGGUAGUGGUUCUUUGUUUGGUGCCCAGGCUUCUCCUUCUACAGGCGGAUUUGCAACUUCUACUCAGACCCAGUUGGUUCAAUCAUCUGCACCAUCCCCAUUCUUUGGGUUGACUGGCAAGUCCGAUUUUUCUUCAGGCAGUUCUUUCUUUUCUCCUUCUAGUUCUGCCACAAAUACAUCUUUUUCUUCUGGGAGUUCGUUGUUUCCUUCCAGUUCUGCAACAAAUAUUUUCAAUUCCUCUUCGGCAGUCAACUCUAUUAGUUCUAAUAGUGGUACAAGUUCUAGUUUAUUCGGGGCUUCUAGUUGGCAGACCAGCAAUUCUCCGUUUGGUUCCACAAUUAGUUCAUCACCUUCACCCUUUGGAAUAUCCAGUGGUUCUGGUGCAUCAACCACCAGUGCAUCAGUUCCUCAGUUCCCAUUCACUUCAGCUGCAGCUUCCACCUCCACACAGCCGGCUUUUGGAAACCCUAACCCUGUCUUUGCUUUUGGUUCAGCUCCAGUUAAUAAUGAUCAGACGAGUAUGGUGGACAGUAUGGCUGAGGACAGUGUUCAAGUGACUCCGCCUUUGAGUCCUAUGUUUGGUCAACAACCUGCCCCAGUUCAAUCAAAUUUUGUAUUUGGAGCAUCCACUCCUUCAGGAACCAGUCCUUUCCAGUUUGCUAGUCAACAAAACGUUGCUCCACAAAACCCUUCUCAAUUUCAGGCUUCCGGCAGUCUUGAAUUUAAUGCAGGAGGAGGGAGUUUCUCAUUGGGUUCAGGUGGUGGUGACAAGUCUGGUCGAAAAAUUAUUAGAGUUAAACAUAAAAACCGUAAGAAGUAAAAGACCGGUCUUUAUGAAAAUGGUUGCUUUCUAUCACCUGCUUCAGGCCGCACUUCUGUACCGCAACAAAUAAAUAAGUCCUGAAAAGAGAAUGCUGGAUAGUGCUGUUCAUUCAGUGAUGUGGACAAGCGAUGCUAUUGCUAAUCAGCAUAUGUAAUUUGUUGGUCAUCUUUCACCGUUGAUAAGCGAGGCAUAAAUUUUCCCAAUUUUGUUAUUGUAUGAUAUGAUAGAACAUAUGCGCUGUACUUUUAGUGAAUCUAGGUCAUACAGUUCACGAUUUAUGAUAAUACUCAAGAUCGUUGUAUUCUCCUCACUUGUAAGUUGUAACUUUACCAGAAUUAGGGAUGAAUUUAUAACUUAGCUGGUUGGAAGUUUUACAGUUCCAGUGAGCAAUGUUGAAUAUUUUCUGCAUUCCA